AAACUAGGGAGAAGGAGAAUUUACAACGGAGGAGUGUUAGAAGCUGUGGAGAUGACGACCAUUCGCAGGUUUUGCUGCAACGAUCUUCUUCGCUUCGCUUCUGUAAAUCUUGAUCAUCUCACUGAAACUUUCAACAUGUCAUUCUACAUGACCUACUUGGCAAGGUGGCCCGACUACUUCCAUGUUGCUGAAGCUCCUGGGCAUCAAAUCAUGGGAUACAUUAUGGGAAAAGUUGAAGGACAGGGUGAAUCGUGGCAUGGCCAUGUAACUGCAGUGACUGUCGCCCCAGAAUUCCGGAGGCAGCAAUUAGCAAAGAAACUCAUGCACAUGCUCGAGGACAUCAGUGACAAGAUUGAUAAGGCUUACUUCGUCGACCUCUUUGUGAGGGCAUCGAACACUCCGGCCAUAAAGAUGUAUGAAAAGCUUGGAUAUGUAAUCUAUAGACGGGUAUUACGUUAUUACUCUGGGGAGGAAGACGGGUUAGAUAUGAGGAAAGCAUUAUCUCGAGAUGUUGAGAAGAAGUCCAUCGUUCCCCUCAAAAGACCAGUAACUCCCGAUGAACUGGAGUAUGAUUAACUGUGCAUUCGCAAUAGCUUGUUAACCAAAUUUGGCAGGAUUGAAUCGUCUUUGUUCUAUUUCUACUGUUCUGAGUGAGGGAAAUGGCAUCACUAUUUGUCUCGUGUGUGUUUCAUCAUUGUGGUUGUACUCUCAAGCUGCUUCACCAAAGUUGUUCUGAAUGUCAACUUAACGGUGAAGGCAGGAUUUAAUCCCAAGACAUCGCUACAACUAGCUGAGACCCUUUAGCAGACCUAUCUCAGCCGGCACCUUCACCCUGUGUGUGAACUUUGCUUUU